CUUACGACUUGAUUGCCAGUUAACACAAACCUUUGCCCCAAUGACAGAUGCUAAGAGGAACUGACUAAUAGCACCAGCCAGCAGAUCAGGCCGGAAAUGAUAUCCGCAUCUGAAUCAAAUAAACAGCCAUCCAGUCACACCGAGACAACAAGGAAUGGGGCCGGAUCCCACUUCCUUCCCCGAUUGGACUACUGGCACUCAGCUUCCCUGUCUCGAGGACAGUCCGCCACAGUUCGUCCAGCUGUAGAUCAAAGCGCCAGAGCCGGUGGUUUCAGGUCCCAACGUCACUUCUGACUGGAUUGUCGAUCUUUAUAUAAAUUAACCCCGUACUUUGUCACUGGUACCUUCGGCCCCCAGGAAAAUAGCAUACAUACCUAAUAU